AUGUCUGACGUAAAGUGCCUAAUUCUUCAGCAAAUCAUUGUAUUAUAUUUAGUAGCUGAGAUAGCUUCCAGAUUCGAGUUUACCAAUGUCAAAUGCACAAGUUUUGACAAGGAGUUUAGCGACUUUGAAUAUUGCUACCUGAAGUCGGUAAAUCGGAGCUAUAAGUACUUAUCGGUUAAGUGCAACAUGCUCAAAACUCCACGAUUCAGUGGCUACAGGCCCUUAAUGUACAAUGGCACAGUGGACUUCUACAGGUUCUUGAAAAAUCCCAGUUCGAGUCCAUUCGUUAACUUUUGGUACGGCAUUGCUGUAAACUACUCCAAUUUGAAUCACUCGUGUCCCUAUAAUCACGAUCUGCGAUUGGAAAAGCUUCCUGUCGAUUUUGUGAACUACCAGCUGACAGAAGUGCUGCCCUUUCCUGAAGGAGAUUAUUUGAUCGAAUCCACUUGGAUGGCUAACGACAUUAAGGAGGUCCACAUCAAAUUCUAUGGCUCUCUAUUUUAA